GUAUAAUAAAUCUCACCCUAGAGAUCCUCUUCCGGCUUACUGGAGAGGACUACACAGUAGUCAGGAAGACCUCUAGUGAGCACUGUCAGGACCCUGUGUCUGAAGGAUGGGGAAGAUCCCUGAGCCCAAUCACAGGGCCUACACCUCACCUGAUACAUGAGGAAAUCAAUAGAAAGAAGAUCCUAGAACUCACCAACAAGAUGAUUGAGCUGCUGACUGGAGAGGUUCCUAUAAGGUGUCAGGAUGUCACCGUCUAUUUCUCCAUGGAGGAGUGGAAGUAUUUAGAAGGACACAAAGAUCUGUACAAGUACGUCAUGAUGGAUGAUCACGGGCCCCUCUCAUCACCAGUUAAGGAAGAGAGAAGAACACUGGAGAGAUGUCCCAGUCCUCUUCUUCCACAGGAUGGUUCAGAAGAACAUCACAAUGUCCCACAGGAUGAUCAGCUUUUGGAUCCAGGAAAAGAUCUGAACAUUAUAUAUGUUACAGAGCCAUAUGAGAUGGAUGAUGAGCAGAGUAUAGAGGACAUUCCUACAGAUAACCGCCCAGAUAACCAUACCAGGAGCCCAGAGGAACAUGUAAUAUCUUCAGAUUUUAAAGCAGAUGAUUAUGGCAUCACACAAGAUACAUAUGAAGAAAAUGCUGUUAUCCUAGAUGUAUCUUCCAUCCUCCACAGCAAACAUCUGUUAUCUGAUGCUUUAAAAAAAGUUCAGUCUUCUGAUUCAUCAUGGACUUUAACACAUAAUAUAAGUCAGAGAAAGGGUAAUGGACAUGAAAGACUGCACAUAAAGGAGAGGCCAUUUUCAUGCCCAGAAUGUGGGAGAUGUUUUAACCAUAGAUCAGAUCUGGUUAAACACAAGAGAAUUCACACAGGGGAGAGGCCGUUUUCAUGUACAGAAUGUGGAAAAUGUUUCACUUUAAAGAAAACUCUGGUUACACAUCAGAGAAUUCACACAGGGGAGAAGCCGUAUUCAUGUUCUGAUUGCGGGAAACGUUUUGCUUGGAAUUCAGAUUUUGUUAUACAUAAGAGAAAACACACAGGAGAGAAACCGUUUUCAUGUCCGUAUUGUGGGAAACGUUUUAACAAGAAAUUCGAUCUUGAUACACAUCAGAGAAGCCACACAGGGUCGAUGCUGUUUUCAUGUUCAGAAUGCGACAAGUGUUUCAACCAGAAAUCAGAUCUUGUUAGACAUCAGAGAAUUCACACAGGUGAGAAGCCAUUUUCCUGCCCAGUAUGUGGGAAAUGUUUUACGCAAAAAUCAACCCUUGAUAACCAUCAAAGAAUUCACACAGGGGAGAAGCCAUUUUCAUGUUUACAAUGUGGGAAUCAUUACAGUUCUAAAUCGACUCUUCUUAUUCAUCAGAGAGUUCACACAGGGGAGAAGCCGUUUUCAUGUUCAGAAUGUGGGAAAUGUUUUACUUGGAAAUCUGAUUUUGUCAGACAUCAGAGAAAUCACUCAGGGGCGAAGCCAUUUUUGUGUACAGAAUGUGGGAAGUACUUUGCACACAAAUCAUAUCUUCUUAAACAUCAGAAAACUCACAUGGGGCAGUAGCCAUUUUUUUAAGCUAAUUUUAUUGAUAAAUCGACAAUUGAUAAAGUGAUGUCAUACAAGAAAAAGGGAAAUCAGUUACAAGCAUUAAAUUAAACUUCUGUAAUUACCAAUAAGCGUCUGUUAUCCAAAAGGCAAAUAGAAUCCAGAUAACACACCUGUAUAUCCACCAUGUGCAGAAUAUAUUUCAUAUUACAGUAAAUAACUGCAUCUAAAAGUUGUUCCAAAUCAUUACAAACAUUUGCUGUUACUUUCAAUUCCUGUUUGGGCCUAUCAUUCUCUAUUCUUUAUAUGUUAAGUAGUUGCCUUAGAACCUAUGAAGUUGUGGGAAAGCUGGUAGGCAGUUUGGAGGAAAUUUAUCUUCCCCCUGUGCAAGUUUUCUGGUCUCGUGGUGCUCUUUCUGGGUACUCGGGUAGGCUUACCAGGGUUAUGCCUUGCACAUGUAAGGCAUUCCUGUACAAAAAAUUUUCUGCCGUAUUCUGGGGCAAACUAGUUCUGUAAAACUAUGGCCCUUGAAGUUAUGGACCACUGACUGGCAUAGGGUGGCCAUCAUGGAAAACAUACAGGGCAGACGGACCUUAGUGUGUAUACGACAGGACCCUCCUUCUCCUUGUAUGGCACCUCCCUCUAUCCACACCUUUUUCCUUGUGAGGGGAUGUCUGGUUCUGGAGGGUCCGUAGCAGUUCUACCUAUACUGUAGGCAUGACCAAUGGCAGGGCCGGCUCCAGGUUCACGUGGGCCCUUGGGCGAUAAAGACUCAGUGGGCCCCCUUGUGGCAUUUUGCACAACACAUGAGGCAAGAACACUGCAUGUAUUAUAUAUGGUGCCAAAUACAAUAGACAGAACACGCUACAGCGUGGAUAUAUGUGAAUCAAUCCUUAUGUCCCUACUUUUAUUAUAUCUACCCAGUGUUUUAAUUCCUCAGGUCUACUCACAGUAUUCCGUUUUUACUGUACACCCUCUAAAGAGAAACACAGACAUUAAAUAUGAAAAUAUUUUAUUUGGACAUACUGUAAAGACAAAAAAA